CCAGGGUGUGUGGAGCCCGCGUAAGAUCCAGAACCCGGACUACUUUGAGGACCUGUCUCCGUUCCAGAUGAGGUCAUUCAGGGCCGUGGGGCUGGAGCUCUGGUCGAUGACGUCAGAGAUCUACUUCGAUAACUUCAUCAUCACUUCCUAUAAAGAGGUGGCCGAUCGCUGGGCUGGAGACAGCUGGGGACUCAAGAAACUGGUGGCUAGUGCCAACGAGCCGGGUGUGUUUUCCCAGUUGACCAUGGCAGCAGAGGAGAGACCGUGGCUCUGGGUGGUCUACAUACUGACUGUUGGUCUGCCCGUAGGACUGACUGUGUUAUUCUGCUGGCCCAAGAAAUCAGAUGAUGACUAUGUGUACAAGAAGGUGGACCCGCCUAAACCCGAUGUAGAAGAGGAGGAGGAAGAUGAGGAUGAAGAUGAGGAGGAGGAAGAAGAGGAGAAGGGAGACCAAGCAGCUGAGGCCAAAGCUACUGAGAGUCCAAAACCUGCAGAAGUGAAGAAAGAGAAGGCGGAGGAGGAGAGUGGGGCAGCUGGAGGGGACAGCGUAGAAGAUGAAGAAGACGAUGAGGAGGAGGAGGAGGAUGAAGGAGAGGAGGAAGAAGAGACCAAGUCCAAUGAGGCAGCAUCGGAUGAUGUCGGUGCUGAGCAGAAGAAGGAGGCGGACGAGGGGGGCCACAGCGUUGGCGACGGACACAAACAGGCCGUGAGGAAGAGGAGGGUACGGAAAGACUGAUGAAGACCAACGACAACAAAUGAAGCCUUCUCUCUCUCUCUCCUCUCUCUCUCUCAUCUCUGCAUGCCCUCUGGUGGUCCUAGUGACCAAGAUACUACCCCUCCUCCAUCAGUCGAAUGACAACCAUCCCCCUUUCCUUCUUAUCUUCCUUUGUUCUCUCUAUCCGUUAAGCCUCUAAGGCCAUCAAGGCUACCCUGACCCCCCCCAACCCUCCUUUCUUCCAAAAUGAAUACUAUGCCCCCCCAUCUUCUUCCUCCUUCCCCCAUCUUCAUCAGCUGCAACUUUCUAACCCCCCCCCUCCCAACUCACCCCCCCUCCCAACUCACCCCCCCUCCCAACCACCCCUGCCCUCCCAACUCAC